UUUAUUCCAGUAGGAGGGUUGUGGUUAUAAAAAUCUCAUGACCUCAACAUACUGUUAUGUUCCCAUUCAUGUUCAUCAUUACUGUGUGCUGCAUUAGAGUAUGAGCGAACACAACAUGACACAUUCAGUGCUGGAAAACGGCAUUGCAGAUGAUCAGGAAAACAAUGCAGGUAAAAACUCCCAUGUUGGAAGUAUGGAUGAAAACACAGACAGGGGGAACUGGAGCAAUAAGAGAGAAUAUCUGUUGUCUAUGAUUGGAUAUGCAGUCGGACUUGGAAACGUAUGGAGAUUCCCGUAUCUAGCGUACAAACAUGGAGGCGGUGCCUUCCUCAUUCCUUACGUGGUCAUGCUGUCAGUCGCAGGGCUGCCACUCUUUUUCAUGGAGAGCUCUGUUGGACAGUUCUGUAGCCAGGGACCCAUUAACAUGUGGAAAUCUGUGCCAAUAUUGCAAGGUGUUGGAAUUACCAUGAUGCUGCUUAGCACUUUUGUGUCGAUCUACUACAAUGUCAUCAUCGCAUAUGGCAUCUACUACAUGUUUGCAUCAUUUCAGUUCCCAUUGCCAUGGAGCGAUUGCUCAAGCUGGUCAGAGAUGGACUGCAACAACACUGUCAGAGAGUAUUGCAAUAUGACUGCCUAUAACUUGAGUCUCAUAGCUGAGAAUGUGAGUGUGGUGGCUGAUGGGAAUCAAAACUGUUCAGAAGAGUUCUUGAUUAGAGCCCCAUUACAGAGCACCAGCGAGCAGUACUGGGACCAUGUAGCCCUCCAGCGCACUAGCAGUAUGGAUGAGACAGGGUCAGUGGUUUGGCACUUGGCCCUCUGCCUGCUAUUGGGUUGGAUCCUGAUCGCUGCAGCUCUCUACAAAGGCAUCAAGUCUUCUGGGAAAGUUGUGUAUUUAACGGCCAUAUUUCCAUAUGCUGUCCUGCUCAUCCUGCUAAUACGUGGCGUUACUCUGAAGGGCGCAAGAGACGGCAUUGAAUAUUACAUUGGCUCCCAGUCUAACCUUACAAAACUGGCUGAGGCUGAGGUUUGGAAGGAUGCAGCCACUCAGAUAUUUUUCUCAUUGUCUAUUGCAUGGGGUGGUCUAACAGCACUGGCGUCCUACAACAAAUUUCAUAACAACUCCUACAAAGACUUCCUUAUAGUAUGCAUCACAAACUGCAGUACUAGCAUCUUUGCUGGCUUUGCCAUAUUUUCCAUCCUUGGACACAUGGCACAUACAUAUGGGAGACCAGUUUCAGAGGUUGCACAGGCUGGGUUUGGACUGGCCUUCAUUGCUUACCCUGCUGCUCUUUCCAAACUUCCUAUAUCUCCACUGUGGUCCAUCCUGUUCUUCUUCAUGCUCAUAACUCUUGGUUUGGACUCUGAGUUUGCUCUAAUAGAGGUGAUCAUAACAUGUCUCCAAGAUGCUUACCCACAAAUCUUAAGGUCUAAACGGGGCCCCGUUACCGUAGUCAUCUGUAUCAUACUCUUCCUGCUUGGCUUACCAUGUGUCACUGGGGCUGGUAUAUACUGGGUGAAUCUGAUAGAUACUUUCUGUGCUGGAUGGGUUGUUCUGGUGGCUGGAUUGUUGGAGGUCUUCGGUCUCACCUUUUUAUACGGUGGAAACCGGUUUAUCCAAGACAUUGAAAUGAUGAUUGGGACCAAGAGCACCCUCUUCUGGAUGUGGUGGAGGGCUUGCUGGUUUUUCAUCACUCCUGCUGUUCUCCUUGUCAUUCUUGUCUGGUCACUGUACACAUUCACUGCUCCCACAUAUGGCUCAGUGGAAUAUCCACAGUGGGGCAUUGCUCUGGGCUGGUGUAUGACUGCCUUCUGCCUCAUGUGGAUCCCAAUUGUGGCUGUCUGGAAGAUAAUGAAAUCCAGUGGAAGCUUUUGGCAGCGGCUCAAAUUAACAUCCUCACCCACUGAAGACUGGGGUCCUUACCUGGAAUGCCACAGGACUGACCGCUAUGUUCGCAGACAGAUAAAAGACACAAAUGGCUUUGUAAUCUCAAACCAAAACACAACCAGAUUAUAAGAUAUUUCAUUUGGCAUUUUUUUUGUCCGUUACAUCUAUAUUUUAACGUUAAGUUGGCAAUGCUUUGUGAAUGGUACAGUAUCAUUAGACCUUAAAGCACAGUGGUGCUCAGUGCCAAUUUAUCACCUACACCGGCCAUGUAGCUCACUUAAUAUGUAUAGUGUUACAAUUACUGACUGCAGUUUUCAGCCAACAUCUGCGCAUGUCCGUCAGUGGAAUGGGACCACCAUAGGACCAUCUUUAGCCCCUCAUCAAUGUUCAGUUUAUGACAUCAGGACUGUUGUUAGAUGGAUAUUUUGUUUGGCAGGUUAUGCUGCAUCGCCUGAUCGACAGAAACAUCCACUAUCAUUCCAUCACCAUUUAAGCGUCUGUGCUAUGUUGAGGGUGCUCCACCACCCACAUAAUAUCUGCUCAUCAGAAACAAAUGUGUUAUAGUCAAUAACUGUUUACCUAAUAAAUACCCUGCAGUAUAUGGUAGUCUUAUCUAAUAAACUGACAACUGAGUGUAUAAAAUCAUUAAUAAUUCCCAUAAUUUGGGACUAUAAUUGUGGAAUCAAAUACAACAGCUUUACCUCUGUUAAGCGCUGACACUGGAGACUCCUUCCAUACAUGUUGAAUAAAUGUCUUAUAAAUGUCUAUCUUAGCAAUGAUUAGACUUUUUCUUUGAUAAAUAACAACACAUCUUUUCAGUACACAAAUCAGUGUGACAAAUCAGAAACUUUUACUAUAGAAACAAUACAUGCAUUAAUACAGCUGUGAGUUGCCUUUCAUAUGGAAAUACUCUCAGAGCCAUGUUUUUAUUAAGUUAAUCAAAACCUUCUGAUUCGAGAAUAACAUUUUAUCAUGUUUAAGUACAAUUAGUGAUAAAAACAUCCUAUAUUCAUUAAUGAGUUUUCAAACAAAAGAUCUCUAAUAUCAUUGUUUAGUGCUUAUGGCAACAGGUAUUUUCCAUAAACUCAAUCUGAUACAGUUCCCAUCUGUGAUGCUGUAUUGUUUUUACUGAGAACCAACAGUCAAGUCUUUCAUUGUUCUACAAUAUAUACUGAAUGUCAAGCUUCUAUUUAACUUACUUGUUAAUUUUUUUUUUUUUUUUUUUUUAGUUCUGGAAUUGAAUGUUUUCAUGGUGUUAAAUCUGUUUAGUGUCAUUUCUGUUUUGAAUCAUUAGCAUAAAAACACUAUAAUUUGCCUUUUGUAAUAAAAUUGUAACAAAUCUGUUUCUUUCAUUUGCAUUGGAUAUGACCUAUAUGAAAUCAAGUCCUAUAGUCUCCUUCAGAAUCUGAACUCUAGACUCAUUUGUGUAUGUGUACAAGUAUUGAUUUUGGUGACAAGCAUGUUUGAUCACAAUUAAAAGCUUUGGUGGAAGAAACGUUAUUGCAAGCUCC